AUGCUGUUGACUUUCUUCAUCUUCGUCUAUCAUUUCGAACUUGAUCGUCAGGGCCCAUUGGGCGAGAUCCCCGCCUCGGCCGUGCCCGCUACGUUCGUCGUUGAGUCUUCGCGACAGGACGAUCCGGUGCCAUAUGUGGAAUAUUUGGAAGAUGAGAACGACCCCGUUCACCAUGUCGCUCCUUCGGCAGUCCCUUCAGCCGCCCCAUCGGGUAAACAGAAGGUCUCGUCGAGCAGUUCUAGUUCUCUACAUAAGCAAAAAGGCUUGACUGCAGAUGAUGUUGUGCUGAUGUUCAAGACCGGCGCCACGGUCUUGUGGAAGCGUGUUCCCAUACAUCUGGCGACUUCUCUCUCACCAAACCGCAUCAACCCCGACAACAUCCUCCUCUACUCCGAUUACCCCGAGACAAUUGGCUCAUGGGACAUCAUCGACAUUUUGGAAAACACCACAGAGAAAGUGCGCAGCUCUGAAAGUUUCCAGCCGUACCUUCAACAAGAAGACUACGAGUCGCGCCAGAACUAUGCCGAAAUGUCCAACGUGCCCGGCGACGCUGCUGGUCCCCCGGGCGGCUGGAAGCUUGACAAGUACAAGUUCCUUCCAAUCGUUCAACACGCAGGGCGCAACAAGCCCGAUGCUAAGUGGUAUAUUUUCAUGGAAGAUGACUCCUACAUCUUUCUCCCCAAUCUUCUGCCCCAUCUGGAGAAGUUCGACCAUCGCGAGCCGUGGUACCUUGGCAGCUUGGCCUGGAUCCAUGGCGACUUUUUUGCCCACGGUGGCUCCGGAUUUGCACUGUCUCGAGGCGCGUGGGAGAAGAGCUUUGGAAAAGAUCAGCGUAUUGUAGAGCGUUUCGAAGAGUUCACGGAAGCCCACGGUUGUGGAGAUCACAUCCUGGGCCAUGUGCUGAAAGAGUAUGGAGUGCAGUUCGGUGAGACCGCUGGUGAUAGUCGCUUCCGCUAUGGAUUCAACCCCGAAGCACACUGGUCGACCUGGUACGAGCCGGCCAAUUGGUGCAAGCCGGUAUAUAGCUGGCAUCACACUCACGGCAAGGACGUAGCGAGAUUCUACAAUCUAGAACAGGAGUGGGACUUUGAGAAGGGUCCCUUGAGAUAUCGCGACAUUUUCAAGGCGUUGGUCGCCCCUUACCUGCGCUCCCGGGUGGAGUGGUGGGAUAACUGGUCCUCCAAGUAUGAAAUCACGUCCAAUGUCGCAAAGGAUGCCCAACCACCCGCCUCGGUCAAGUCCACCGAGGUCUGGCGCGGUGCCUGGGGAUCCGUCGAUGCCUGCGAAGCCGCCUGCACGGCCUGGGCCGAGUGUGUGCAGUGGUCUUUCUACGAAGACCGGUGCAAGAUGGAUAGUAUGAUGCUGCUGGGGAACGGAAUCCCGCAAGGUGACUCACGACGCCAAACGAGUCUGCCUUGGGUCAGUGGCUGGCUACCUCGACGAGUCGAGGCCUGGGAUUGCCAAGAAUAG